UAGAUACUGCAGGAUCUUAGAAUCAGUCCAUCAAAGAGUGAAAGAAUACAGGAACAUUCUUGUCAAUAUGGAAAACAAGGGCAAACAGUGGGUUCUCUUGGCAGCAGGUUCUAAAGAUUGGGAAAAUUACAGACACCAGGCUGAUGUGUGUCACGCUUACCAAGUUGUACACAGAAAUGGGAUUCCAGAUGAACAGAUUGUGGUGAUGAUGUAUGAUGAUAUCGCUUAUAAUCCACUAAAUCCCGUUCUCGGGAACAUAAUCAAUGAACGAGAUGGCCCAAAUGUUUACCUUGGGGUUCCCAAGGACUAUACAGGAAAGGAUGUAUCAGCUGACAACUUUCUGGCUAUACUCAGUGGAAAUGAGCCUGCUGUCAAGAAUACAGGACCAAAAAAAGUCAUACAAAGUGGUGAAAAUGAUACUAUCUUUAUCUACUUAGUAGACCAUGGAGGUCAAGGAGUCUUUCACUUUCCAGAUUCUACACUGCAUGCACAUGACCUCAUUAAAACUGUGCAUGAAAUGGUGAUGGAUCACAAGUUUUCAAAGAUGGUCAUCUAUAUUGAAGCCUGCCAUUCUGGAUCAAUGCUGGAGGAACUGGCUGACAGCAACGUGUAUGCAGUUUCAGCAUGCAGACCUGAUGAAAGCAGCUAUGCUUUUCUCUAUGAUAAGAUAAGAUAUUGCUAUCUUGCUGACGUUUUCAGCUAUUACUGGUUGUGGAGCAUUGACAAUGGAAAACGUACUUCGACUACAUUUGGAGACCAGUUUUCCUAUCUGUUGGCCAACGUCCCUAAAGCUGUAAGAAAGAAAGAGCAGACACCAUGUAAUUAUGGGGACAAAAGCAUACUCGAUUUGAUGUUGAGUAGAUUUCUUGGAAAAUCUUCUGCCUCUGUCAGUCAGACCUACAUGUCCCAGCCCCUAAACGUGUCUGAUAUGUCUGAUGUAGUAGACACUACAGAUGUUCCACUGAUAAUCCAAGAGAACAGGAUUAAAAAUGAACAGGAUCCAGAAAAAAAACAGGCUCUGAAAAGAGAAUAUGAUGAUCUUAUAAGAAAGAGGAAGACAGUGGAUGAAGCGCUGCAGAAGAUUGCUGAGCUCACCAACACUUUAGGAGCUCUGACUGAAAAACGUGAGGUGUCUCGCACAUACGAACUCAAAGUCAUAGCGGAGCAUUUCAGGGAAAAUCUCUUCGACUGGCAUAAGGAGCCGUAUGUUGUCACUCGUCCACACUUCCAGAUUUUAGUGAAUCUUUGUGAGAGUGGGUUGGACGUUGACAGCAUCAUUGAAGCCAUUACUGACGUGAGCAGCAAGAUUAAUUUCUGAGGAAAUCACAAACUACAAAGGAUAUUUUUAAAUGGUCUUUUUUUAAUCAAUAGUUUUACAAUUUUUUGGUGUGGGUAAAUAAUAUCUUGAUGUAAUCAUUUUCUGUAUGACUUUAUCAGUCUCUCACAUAAUUUUGGUCAAUUAUUCUUUAGAACAUUCCUUCAGUUCAUUGAGUUUUUUUUUUAAGAAAUUCACAUAUGCACAGCUCUCUUAAGGUCCUGCCAGGCUAUUUCAUACGAUUAAAAGAGGGUGCACUAACUUUUACACAUAACUUAUGUAACGAUCACGUCUUGUUACAUGGUUUAAUGUGUAUGUGGUAUGUUUAUCCUGACCACUAGGGGCACCAUUAGCAACUCGCUAGUUUAAAUAAAAGAGGAAGCAGUAGAACGAGAGGCAGAUUUAGUUGUUAUCUCAAGGUAGAUGCUACUUUUCCAGAGGAACCUGGUUUGGGAUACAUUUGUUUGCUGCUCAACUGUGAGUUUGAUAUGUAUCUUUCUAUAUUUUUUGGUUUUGGGGUAGCAAUUAAGAGAGUUAAUGUUUAGGAAGUUAUUAAUUCAAAUGUUUUGUUGGAGAGUUUGGUUAAUGUACUGUUCUUUUGUAGAGGAUUUUUGCUUAACCUAUAAGUUUGUACUAAUGUGUGGAAAGUAGGAUUUAGGAGUUUGGGAGCAAGAUUGCAACUGCCCAAGAACUUUACCUAAUGGACUUUUGGCCUAUCCCAAGGAAGGCAACCAUUUAAAUCUGUGUUCAUCAAUUCAUCAAUCUACCCUACAACAGAUAAGACUUUACUCUUUGUCAAUGGGUUUUCUCACCUAAGAUCUGAGAUGGGCAUUUAUAUGACCAUAUACUCAUGUUGGACAUUGAUCAUACUGUUUGAGAAUGUUUCAUAUAAUUGGAUUUUAUGUUCUUAUGUUUACGUAAAGAUUCAAUAUAUGCUGGCAAAUGACUUUCGUUUAUUCUGGUGCAUUAUAUAUUUUGGUAAUACUUGUAACACUGCCUUAUAGGUUAUUGCAAAGUUGCAAAAAAACUUUUUUUUUUCUUAUAACAAAACUGGCUUAAAGAGCCGGAACGGUUAUACUACAUAUAAACCCCUAACCUUUAAAAAUGCGGCAGUUGCAGUUCUUUAUUAAAGCUCUCUUAAUUCACUAAAGCUAAUUUUAGGUGAAGGUUUUAAAGCGAUCAUUUCUUAUCAUUUAACUUGGAUGGUGUAAAAAAAGAACAGACAUUUGCUUAUUUUAAAUACCGUUUUAUAUUUCACAUGCUUAUGGG